CGUUCACCAUGCGCAAAGAGAGAUCACCUUAUAUGGGAACAUCCAUGGGCAAGAAGAUGAAUGCGUCUGGCCUAGCUGCUGAGGUCAGAUCCCAAACAGAUGGAAGACGUUAAUGUGAAAACUAGAGCAUUUAGGAGAGAAGAUAACACUUAUAUCUGCUUUUCUUAUGCAAUACUCAUCUCUGCAUUUGCCCCAGCGUUGCUUCAGACUGACAGAACAUCUUCCCAGAGGAGUCCCGUUCGCCGAAUGUCAUGUUCAGAGCAAGAGGAGGUCGUGGCAAUCAGGUCGAAGUGCUGUGCACGGAGACCCAAGGAGACUGUCCCCCGAUGAGGUUUCUGACUGUGCCUUUAAGUGGUGUGGCCUCGGAAGGAUGCAGGGGUGGAAGAAGACAGCACAAGGCAGCUGCAGUUUUCAAAAGCCUAGCUUUCACAGGAAGUGCUAACAAUGGUUGCAUGUGGCUCCCUGGAGUGUCUGCGUACCUACGACUCUUCGAAAGUUAUCCGCUUUUGGAGUCUUAAAUAUGCGUGUAUGAAAUGGAUCUGUCAUAUAUGUGUCAGCAUAUAUGUUGGUUAUACAGUCAUCAUUGACAAACGCUAUCAGGAGAAGGACAAUAUUAUCAGCUCCGUUCACACUAAAGUGAAGGGAGUGGCUCAGACAGAUGAAAGGAUCUGGGAUACAGCGGAAUACACUAUACCGAUGCAGGGAGUAGGCUCCUUUUUUGUGAUAACCAACAUCAUUAUGACAGAGAAUCAGCUUCAGAGGAGGUGCCCUGAGUAUCCCGUUGCCAAAGCUAUCUGCUCUUCAUACAAGUCCUGCAAAAAAGGGAGUGUGGAUCACCAGAGUAAUGGAAUUCAAACAGGAAGAUGUGUGGACUAUAAUGCAACUAUUAAAACCUGUGAGGUCAUGGCAUGGUGCCCUGUGGAAUCCAAGAAAACUGCCCCUGUGCCCGCUGUUCUGAAGAGUUCUGAAGACUUCACAGUACUAAUAAAGAACAACAUCCACUUCCCAAAAUUUAAUUACACUAUACAAAAUAUUCCACCGAAUUUCAAUACUUCCUGCACGUUCAACAAGAUAACUUCCCCGCUCUGUCCAGUUUUCCGUCUGGGAGAUAUCCUACUGGCAGCAAACGAGAAUUUUUCUGAGGUGGCAGUUGAGGGCGCAAUCAUUGGCAUUGAGAUUAACUGGGACUGUAACUUGGACAAAUGGUUUUACCACUGCAGUCCAAAGUAUGGUUUCCGACGCCUUGAUGACAAAACAACAAGCCAAUAUCCUGGUUUCAACUUUAGAUUUGCAAAGUACCACAAGCUAAACAAUGGGGAGGAACAGCGAACCCUUAUCAAAGUCUAUGGAAUACGAUUUGAUGUCCUUGUCUUUGGCACAGCUGGAAGAUUUGACUUCUUUGAACUUGUGACAUACAUUGGGUCCAUGAUCUCCUAUUUUGGCUUGGCUGCGUUUGUCAUUGAUCAUUAUAUUAGUUUAUGUAGUUGCUGCAGCUGCUGCAAAUCACCUGUCAAGGAAUAUCACUUUAGAAAGAAGUACGAGACUGUGCUGAAUCCAAGACAGGUGAUGUACGUGUCCUACGUUGAUGAGCCACAUGUUACCGUGAUAAAGAAACACCUGAAAACAAGUUUGCAGUGUACUAAAGGAGACGUCUUUGAGAGCCACCCUGAGAAAUUCUCUGAUGCUGUCAAUUGCCGCACCAAGGAUUCCGACAAGGAUUCCGUUAUGGAAGAGCUGGGGGAGAUGCGUACUCUCCAGCAGCGAAGGCCAAAUGGCUCCUCCUCAGACCGCCCAGCGUGGUGCUGCUGUGGGAAAUGCCGGCCAGCAGAUAAGCGCCAUGAACAGCUCUGCUGCCGAAGGAAAGAAGGGGAAUGCAUCACAACCUCCCCUUUAUUUGAACGACUGGUGCUGUCCAGAGACAACCUGCAAGACACCCUUCUCUACAAAGAGCCCUUUCUGGACUUGAACGGUGAGAAUGUCAACGACAAGCUGCGUCAUUGUGCUUUCAAGAAGUAUAUUCACUGGCGCUUUGGCUCUUUUGAUCUGGAAGACAGAACUGUCAUCCCAAGCUGCUGCAGGUGGAAGAUUAGAGAUACUUAUCCCAAAGUGAAUGGCACGUAUACUGGUUUUAAGACUAUAUGAGGAUGCUCUAGUACAACUCGAGCUCACACUGUCACUUACCCUGAACAUUUAACCUUUGUUUUCUGUUAUGGGCCUUAAGAAAAAACAAAACAAAAUCAAAAAGAAACCCCAAAGAAAGGAAAACAUGCGACUUCCCAAAAUCUGCUGUAUGGCUGAAUUCUGUAAACACUGUCAUUGCAGAGGCAGUAUAGCCUAUAGCUUAGCUGGCGGAACGAUUACUUUGAGUUAAAAGUGCUGCUUCUGCCUUUGUUUCCCUCUCUGAGUCAUCCCACAGGGAAUCUAGACCAUGGUUUGGAAAUGUAGCCUCUGGGGUGAAUUCUUGUAGGUACGUUUUAGCGGGAGGUUCCAGGCCUCCUGCCUCUGCAUUGGUGCGUACCAGAAUCCCAGCUGAGUCAGGAGAUGACCCGUACCCUGAAAAUAAGAUGGAGCCAAGAGUCAUCUCAGAGCAUGACCCCUGAAGGAAGGAAGUCCAAAAGAGACAUCACUUGAAAACAUGGGCCUGAGCUUUUCUCUCACCCCCCUGUUGAAAGGAUUCUGGAGCCCUGGAUAGGGGAGGCUCUAGAAAGAGGUCACCGUGCAUAAAUUUUCCUAACUCACUGUGGAGGGCCUCACAGUCUGUCCAAAUUAAACAGGCUCAUCUUGGUUGAUUUCAGUGACACAGAAAAGCCGAGUUGUUCUCUUUGUAUUACUCCUUUCAGCUUAAACUCAGGAAUUCUAAUGAAAAGUAUUUUUAUUGUCUUUCUGUAAUAUUUUCAGACAUUUCAUUCAUGCUCAUUGAAAUUGUUAAUAUUAGACUUUGGCCUCAUGUUUGCUCUUAGCUUCAAACAGGCCUUGCCGCCUACACCUCUUCUACUGAACUAGGCAUAAUGAGAGUUGCUUUGUGCUCUGAGGGCAUGAGGCCAGAGUACAGCCAAGGGGCAGCAAAUUCAGGCUAGAUUAAACUGUGCUUCAACACCUUUCCAGUUCUUUCUUUUUGUUAUACUUUGACACGUUCUAUUUUUAUACAAAGGUGAGAAGGCUUGUAACAUGUAUAUUCUGCACUUUUUUCAGCUAGGCUUUAUUCUUUCUGAGCUAACCCAGCAGUUUGCCAUUUCAAUUGCCCACAUAUUUUUUAAGAUAUAUUGCUGGCAGAUUAUGCCAGCUAUAUUUAUAUCUUCACUUGUAAUAUGCAUUUAUUGCACUAACGUUCUCACUGCAGCAUUUCAUGUAUCUAGAGUGGUAAAACAUUACAGCUGACAUUAAUGCUUCCCUGUUCUAACACAUGCACUGACUUUCCUUUUGGAAAGAAUGACAGUGGAUAUUCACUUAAGACUGUGAUUUCAAUCUCCUGUCCUAUUUUUUUAUAUAUGUUCCUUACCGUCUCUUUUUUCUCAUGCUCAUUUUGACUUUUUUAAUUAAAGGAGCAUUUUACAAAUCUG